AUGCCUCCGAGCCAGCUGUUAAAAGACAUGGAUGAGCGCCGUUGCCUGAUGGCGAGUAACAUUGUUGCUGCCCAGGAUGAAAUUAUGCGUCAGCAAGAGGCGGUGCAGAAACUGACUAGCGAGAAUGAAAGGUUGAAGAAGGAAAUAGCUGUUGCCUCCGGGGAGCAGUAUGAUUAUGUUAAAGCGGAUAAAUAUGCAGCCCUAAAAACUGAGGUGGACUCACUGGAGCAGCGGUAUCAAUUUGAAAAGAUGCAUUUGAACGAGCUUACCAAGCAGUAUCAGCUAGCUCGCAUUGACCUUAUGCAGGGUUCCAAGCUAAAGGGGGGUGUGAACGCAGAGCAAGAAAAUGUUCGAGCGGUACAACGCCAGCUGGAGAUACUAGAAAACCGCCUAGAUCAAGCGCUCGCGAGGUUUAACGACGCUGUUUCCUAUAACAAAGAGCUGCGCGAUCACAUCGAUAUAAUUCGCGGGGAACGGCGCGUUUUUCAACGUGUACACAAGAAGAUGGAGGACGAUCUGAGAUCUAAGAAAAAAAUCAUGUCGGAACGGAUUGAACAGUCAAACCACGACCUGGAUGAACGAGACGGCUACCUGCAGCAGGUGGAGCAGCUUAGAACAGCGCUUAGCGAGCAGAAGGAGGAAUAUGACACCGCUGUGCGUAACUUGGAUGUAUGCAUGAUCGACAUCAACAGAAUGCGAGAUGAACUCCACCGGCGGCAAAUUGAAUUUGAGGCGCGUUCCUACAUGCCAAACCCUACGGUAGAUCACAGCGGCGUGGGCAAAAACCUCCCUGUUGCAAACACUCAUGCCCCUACCCCAUUUACGGAAGAUGGAGAGGAUGCUUCCGAUGGUAUGUCUUCCGCUGAGGUGGGAUCAGAGAUUAUGGACAUUCCCGCGCAACUGUCCAUGUUCGCUCCAGAUGGUGAUUUGCAAAAGCUGGCUCAGACUUACCAGGUUGUUGGUGAGAGUAACUUCUCCCUUUACAAGCGUAUCAACGAACUAACUACCAGUCGAGAGGAGAUGGAACGGGAUAUACACACGCUGAAGAAGGUAAUCGCGGAAGAACACGAGCAUGACGUUCAGCAGCGCCGCCUCAUCAAGGAAUACGAAGAUCGUCUGGCCGAGACAGAGCUCAUGCUAGAUCGUCUUAAUCGCUCUGCUGAAGUUCACAAAGAGGUUCUCGCCAGGAUUCGCGAGACCACAGAGGGUGUUUUCAAGCGGAUUGGAUGCUCAGCGGAGGAAGCCCGACGCCUGGUCGGAUCGGACCACUGUACGGAAUCCACUCAGUUGAAGUUUCUUGGCCUUAUAGAGGAACGAGCUACGAGGAUAUUGUGCACUUACCAGCUAUAUAAACGAACGGAGGCGAUGCUACAAGAACAAAAGGCCGCAGAAGAAGGGGCGGAUGGUUCCAAGCGGACUUUGCCGAUUGGCGCGGGCGAUGAUCAGACUUAUCUCCCUGGUAAGGAGAAGGAAACCGAUGGGGACAGAGGCGGAAACGCGGCGGCGGCCGGUGGGGCGGAAAACACUAGGGGCAUUGUGAGUGCGGUUAAGGAGGAGGGCGGUGAAGGUAGUUCUGGUAGUAAAGUGGACGUCCGUCUAUUACAGGCAUUGGUUGAGGGAACAGCAGACUUUAGUCCCGUACUGAACUUGCCUGUAAGAAAGGACGGCACUGCAGCGAAGUUUGUCCGUUGUUCAGUCCUUCCAAGCGCUCAACUGUACGGGGACGAAAGUGUUGAGGGGAAGGAUGACCAUGACGGUGAUCCCGUCGUCUCGCAUGAGGAGUUGCGACAGCAGAUGCAGCAGCGUCUACUUUCAAAGCGGCUGCGUGAAGAAAAGGGACAGCGCCGAAAGCGUGACCUGAAGGAUCAGUUUGCCGAUGCUCCGCCUAUACUCCGCAGAAAGUAA